CAUCUAACGCUUUAGUUAGUUUUUUAAAUUAUGUAAUGUGAUGGUAAGUUCAUAAUAUAAAUAGUAUAGGCCACAUUUUAGAUCUACUUUACCUGAACUCAAGAUGAGUCGAUCAACAAGUCUCCUGCAGCAGAUGACUAUCUUCAUCACCGUGGUUACUGGCGGAGGCUGCGCUAUGAUGUAUUACCUUAUGCAGAAAAAUUUUGGUAAAUCAGAGUACUACCGCCUGGCCCUUGAAGAGUUAAACAAUAAUUCUACAGCCAUGGCCAGUCUUGGUGCACCCCCUUUAAAAAUCCACAACAUCCAUUUAUCAGACAGACACAACCGCAUGGACCACAACAGUGCACAGUUAAAGAUUCCAGUUACUGGGUCAAAUACUGGAGGUUAUCUCUACACAUCUUCAACCAGAGACACUCUCAUGAACAGGUGGCACCUCCAGCAAGUGUUGUUGAAGCUCAGGGAGGGAGAGACUAUUGAGAUUUUCAACAAGACGGAAUCUCAAGAGUAACAUCACUCAGAAGAAAUUCCGCUCUUAUUUUAGACAUAUCUGUGAUUAUUGCGUAUUUAUUUAAUUUAAUCCUCUUUAUGAAAGGUGAUAAAUGACUUUGGAAAGUUCAGUUGGUUUGUGUCAUUUAAUACUGAGAUGUAAACUAGACAAAAUAAAAUCUGCAAAAUAAUGUUUGUAUUAUA